AUGCUUUCGCACGCCGACCUCCUGGAUGCUCGCCUCGGUGAGUUAUCGUCGCCAAACUCCGGUCUUCAACUCUACUGGAUGAAGGAUGCCGCGGCAGAGCUGCUGGGUCACAGGGAGGCUCUGAAGUGCAGGCUAGGUGGUGGAGUUGGACCUGACCCCGGCCACUCCGGCGAGCUAGCCCCGGGGCCAGACACCGUGGAGGGGACCACCAUGCUCCCUGGAGACGAUAUCAACAAUGGUGGAUCCAACCCUUCCGGCGUGCAGGCCAACAGUAAAGAGCAACAGGACAAGCAGCAGCAGAAUAACUCCAGCCAAUCCGGAGGAAGUCAGAGUCAGAAACAGAAGCGACACCGGACCCGAUUCACUCCAGCCCAACUUAACGAACUGGAGCGCAGCUUCGCCAAAACGCACUACCCAGAUAUCUUCAUGAGGGAGGAACUGGCCCUACGGAUCGGCCUAACGGAAUCUCGCGUUCAGGUUUGGUUCCAGAACCGACGCGCCAAGUGGAAGAAGCGCAAGAAGACCACCAACGUUUUCCGCGCUCCGGGAACGCUGCUGCCCACCCACCACGGCCUGCACAGUCAGUUCAACUCUGCUGCUGCCGCCGCCGCGGCCAUGGGCGACAGCCUGUGCUCCUUCCACGCCAACGACACCCGCUGGGCCACGGCAGGGAUGCCAGGCGUCUCUCAGCUGCAGCUCCCUCCAGCCCUGGGUCGCCAGCACCAGCAUGCCAUGGCGCAGUCCCUGUCCCAGUGCAGCCUGUCCGGCCCGCCGCCCAACUCCAUGGGGCUAUCCAACAUGUCGUCGAACGGAUCCGGACUCCAGUCUCACCUCUACCAGAACCCAUUCCCCGGGAUGGUCCCGGCCUCCCUGUCCGGUCCCACCAACGUGACGAGCUCUCCCCAGCUGUGUAGCUCCCCGGAAAAUGACGUCUGGAGAGGGACGAGCAUCGCCUCCCUGCGGCGAAAAGCGCUGGAGCACACAGUAUCCAUGAGUUUUACUUAGUAGUAGGCCAACCACCACCAAGCCAAGC